AUGGCAACACUCUCGGACGUGGAGCGCCGCGGGGCAUUUCAAGCCCUCGACGGCUAUCCAUCGCUCAGCAGGUUCAUUGCCAGUGACCCAGACAGGACGGCGCUUGUUUUUAAGCGCUUCGACCGCCUGGCUGUACGCAGUCUGCUGUACUUACAGAGCGAGCUUGAAGACCUCCAAGUGCAACAGGAUGAGUAUGACAGAAUUGACGCGAACGACCAGAGUGACGACUUGUCUUCCAAGCAAUGCGCGAGAAACUGGCAAGAGUUCAAGAAAAAGGCUCAGACGGAUCAGAAACAGAAGGAGAGGAUGGAAUUGGUGAUGAAGAUAAGAGUUACAAUGAAGGAAUACCGCGAAGCGCUGCAACUCGAGAGUUCCGUCGCGUCUCUCGGACAGCCGUCGCGAAGAACACUCGACGCGCUCCGGCAUUUUUUCAAUCCAAAAUCUGAGAAGCCAGACGGGUUUACUUUGCUUGGAGGCUACAGUUCCGGUCUUUACGAGGAUGAAGGGGACCUAGUCGCUCUCAGAAUACCACUACAGCAAGACAGACUUACGUCAAUCGUGCAAACCCAUUUUCCCGUCUUUUUCAAAACACGCCCCGCAGAGGGCCAACAUGCCUACGUCUCCGAGCACAACAUCGCACGGUUCGUGAAUUGGAUCAGCACGCUCCUCGCUGCUACCCUCCUCAUAGGAGCUAUCGUCACCCUCUAUGUCAUCACGUCUCCGAAGUGGAGGCUCGGCUUGAUUGCAGCCUUCACGACGCUGUUCGCGGCCGCCAUCGGCCUGCUCACCAGCGCAAGCCGCGCAGAGACUUUUGCGGCCACUGCUGCCUAUGCCGCCGUAUUGGUUGUUUUCGUGAGCGGAGACCUUGGGGGGAAAUAA